AUGGCCUACAGCUGCUGCUCUGGAAACUUCUCCUCCCGCUCCCUUAGGAGCUGCCUGCCCUCCUCAGGAUCCUGCCGUGGCUCUUCCUAUCCCAGCAACCUGGUCUACACCACGACCAGCUGCUCUCCCAGCACCUGCCAGCUGAGCUCCUCUCUGAACAAUGGCUGCCAGGAGACCUGCAUUGAGCCCAUCAGCUGCCAGAGGUCCUGCGUUGUGUCCAGCCCCUGCCAGAAGCCUUGCUACUACCCCAGAAGCUCCACACCCUACAGCCCCUGCCAGGGGACAUAUGCUGGCUCUCUGGGCUUUGGGUCCAGCAGCUGCUAUUCCCUGGGCUAUGGAUCUCGAAGCUGCUACCCAGUGGGAUGUGGAAACAAUGGCUUCAGAUCCCUGAAUUGUGGAGUCUAUGGCUUCCCUUCCCUGAGUUAUGGGUCCAGAUUCUACUACCCAACCUACUUGGCUUCUAGUUCCUGCCAACCAUGUUACAGACCAAUUUGUGGAUCAGGCAUCUAUGGAAUCAACUGUUAA